UGAUGGGUGAUGGAUGACUCACCUCUCACCUACAAAAAACUCUAUAAAAACCCAAUCAAGCGUUCAGGAUUAACCUCCUUCGCAAAGCCACAGAAAAGCCCUCGUCAGAGAAAACUUGUUAGGGUGGUGGUCUCUUGGGUCGGCUGCUUCAGGCCGCUUCUGCGCCCCUUCUGCAACCGUAUCACAAGUGCCAAUGCAUUCCCCGGCGGACCUAACCACCGCCAUUGUCACCACCACCACCACCACAAACAGCAACUCCGAUGUGUUGCUAGGUAAGUAUCGCCUCGGCCGCCUACUUGGCCGGGGCAGCUUUGCAAAAGUCUAUCAUGCUCGUUCUCUUGUCGAUGGUUCCGAUUUAGCCGUUAAGGUAAUGGACAAAACCAAAAUCCUCAACACCGCCAUGGAACCUCGCGUGAUUAGUGAAAUCUCUGUAAUGCGUAGACUUCGACACCCGAACAUAAUCAGAAUCCACGAAGUCAUGGCUACGAAAUCCAAAAUCUACUUAGCCAUGGAAUACGCCAAAGGCGGUGAAUUGCUCUCCAAGAUUUCCCGGCGGAAACGCUUCACUGAACCUGUCGCCCGUUUCUACUUUCAACAAUUAGUCUCAGCCCUUCACUUCUGUCACAGAAACGGCGUUGCCCACAGAGACCUAAAGCCCCAAAACCUCCUCCUCGACGAACAGGGGAACCUCAAGAUCUCCGAUUUCGGCCUCUCUGCUCUACCGGAGCAAUUGAAAGAUGGGCUUCUCUACACGGCCUGCGGAACGCCGGCAUAUACAGCCCCUGAGGUCGCCUGUCAGAAAGGCUACGACGGUACCAAAGCCGACGCUUGGUCAUGUGGCGUCAUCCUCUUCGCCUGCCUUGCCGGAUUCCUUCCUUUCGACGAUUCCAAUAUUGCCGUUAUGUACCGGAAGAUUCGCCGCCGGGAGUUUCAGUUCCCGGCGUGGUUCUCGAAGCCCACAAAAUGGAUAAUCUCUCGGCUAUUGGACCCUAAUCCAGAAACCCGGAUCAGCAUCGAAGCUUUAAUGGAGGUAGCUUGGUUCAAGAAAUCGUUGCAGGUUCAGGAUCAGGAUCAGAAUCAACAACAGAUGCAAACUCUUUUCAAUUUGCAGCUAACAAUGUCGCCGGAUAAGGGGGCAAUGAAUGCUUUCGACAUUAUAUCCUUAUCAUCGGGAUUGGAUUUAUCGGGGUUGUUCGAAGGGAAGAGGAAAUGGGCAAAGAGAUUUACGUCAAUGAUAGCAUCCCAAGAGACGAUUGUGGACAGAGUGACUGAGGUUGGGAAGAAAUUAGGAUUCACAGUAGAGAGAAGGAAGAAAAGUGUGAUUGGGUUGGGGAAGGAGAGAAUGGGAUUGUUGAUAGAGAUUUUAGAGGUGGCACCUUCGGUGUUUAUGGUACAAGUGAGAGUGGGGAAUGGGGAAGGAGGGAUGGAAUUGGUGGAGUUGCAGUGGGGAGAGUUGAAAGUGGAGCUUGAAGACAUGGUUCUUGCUUGGCACAACGAAGGUCUCUGAGAGCUCUCACUGUUCCAUCCGUCUUUGGACGGUUUUUGCUCGAACCACCGCGCAAAUCUAUUACUACACAGCUAUCAGCUAUGUGUUCUGUUCGUUCCCUAUUAAGUGGGUGUUUGGUGGCUAAGGUGGUACUGGCCUGGGUAGGUCUGUGCCUUUACAUCUUUAAGUGUUCAGAUAUUACAAUUACCAAACAAUCACCAUGGGAUGCAUUGUAUACCCAAAUCUGUACAAAACCUGCUAUUUUCUUUGUAGUGGGAUUUUUGAAUAGGUUCCCAAAGAACCCUAGUUUACCACAUUGGAUAAUGGUGAAAAAAUUGUUGCGAUACUUAAAGACUGCUCCUUCGAGUAUGGAAGCAAAAGUAAUGGCGUGCUAUGAAGUAGUAUCUUAGGCAUAAUAGUUGAGAAAGUCUAUUCGAGCUAACACCAUGGGCAUAGAUGUAUCAUUGUAUACAUAUUGAGAUAAAGUACUUUGUUGCUAAGGAAGAUGUUUGAGAUUAUCGAGUGGUCAUAAAUGUUGGCACUAAUGUCCUUUCAUCAAAGAACUUUCACCUAAGGUAUUUGUAGAUCACAUAUUCACAUGGGUAAAAUGGGUUUAUGAGAUACACUAUUUGCUUAAUGUUUAAUUAAAGAUAUUGUAAUGUACGAUUGAUGAUUCAAAAAUAAAGAUUUUAUCAUUC